AUGAAAUCAGUCACCAAGCAGCUGUUGACCGCAGGGACGGAUGUGGAAAUGGGUGCAACUUCCAGAAAAUCCCGGAGAUGGUCAAAUCAGGAAAGCUCGAUAUUGCAACCGCCAACACUGCGGUUUCUUGACUGCUUCGCGUCAAGUUUGAGAUGGGUCUCUUUGAGAAUCCGUACCCUGCCGUUAAGCUGGCUGGCAAGGGAGUUGGAUCGAGAGCCUAUUGUGCUGAUGGAGAACCAUAACGGGACCCUGCCCUUGAACAAGUCGGGAAAUAUUGCAGUCAUAGGGCCGAUGGCCCAUGGAUUCAUGAACAUGAGUGGUUUAUACGGUGGCUAUGUAGUUUAUAAGAGCCAGUGCCGAGGUGCCACUCUAGACGGUAUCAAGGCCGCUGUCGGCAACAAGGCCCAGGUCCACUAUGCCCAAGGACGCGAGCGAUGGAGCAAUGACCAGCUUGGCUUCGACGAGGUCAUUGAUGCGGCAAAGAAGCCCGACGUGGCUGUCGUGGUGGUGGGCACUUUGUUGCGAGAUCAAAUGGAGCUCUGGCAGGGAAACUGGCGAGCACGUCGACGUCAAUGUCCUCUCUCUCUCGUGGGUGCCCAAGGCCCUCUGAUCAAAGCCAUUGUCGACACGGGCGUACCAACUGUCGUUGUCCUCUCAAACGGUAAACCCAUCACCGACACAUGGCUUUCAAAUACAACAUCCGCUCUCGUACGGCAGUUCUACCUCUCCGAACGAGGAGGCAAUGCGCUAGCCGAUGUCUUGUUCGGGGACUACAACCCCUCGGGCAAGCUGUCCGUCAGCUUCCCCAGCUACGUCGGCGAUCUUCCAGUCUUCUAUGACUACCUAAACUCAGCGCGCUCCAUCGGCGACUCGGGCCACGAAGCUAGCAACGGUACCCUUGUCUUCGGCCACCAAUAUGUCCUCGGCAAUCCGACCCCAUGGUACCCCUUCGGAUAUGGCAAGAGCUACUCGAAUUUCAAGUAUGGGGCUGUCUGGGUCGACCGCAGCACUGUUUCGGCGUCAGACCGCACAGUUACCGUCAGCGUUAAUGUGACCAACACACACACACACACAAAACGCGUGACGGUAUACAUCUCCGAUGAUAUUGCCUCUGUCGUGGUCCCGAACCGCCAGCUGAAGGGGUUUGAGAAAGUGGUGAUUCCGGUCAAGAUUGCGCAUCUGGGUGUCUGGAAUGCUCGCAUGAAGUAUGUUGUUGAGCCUGGCCGUUUUACUGUGCUAGUUGGCAGCAGUUCAGAGGAUAUCCGCGGGAAUACAACGUUCACGGUCCGUUGA